AUGGUUUUUAAACUAUCACAGUGUAUUAUUAUUAUUAUUACAAUUAUUGUUUCUCUGCAUGUCAUGUGGUUUCUACUGUUCUUAUCGUUGGGUUUAUUACUCAUUCCUUACGGUGGAACAGCAGCACCUAUACCACCCUUUACCAAAGCAGAAAUUCUCACAAAACCGGCAGUUAACAACAAUAAUAAUGAUACUAUACCUAUUGAACUGAAUAUUGUACUUAAUUCUGAUUUCUUUACAGAGGGAGGUACAAUUAAUCCCUUUGCAGAAGCAGAACUACGUCUCGCUUUUAAUGUUCCUAAUCCAGGAUAUGAUAUGAUAGUAGCAUUAGAUACAAAUACAUAUCCACGAUUACGUGAUCAAUAUGGUCAUGAAUGGAUAGCAAAAAAACAAAUUGCCUUUUCUUUUAUUAAAGAGCAGACAAAGGUUACCUAUAAUACAGGAGGUAUACCCGUUGUUACUCGGCAUUCUGUUUCAGAAGAGGCUACGGUGCUAGAAGGAAAAAUAAGUAAUGAUCCACUUUGUACAGCAGGAACAUUGGCAUGUUGUCCAUCAACGGAUGGGAAACAUUACACACGAUAUGCACUAGUACAAAGCCCAGUUCCACCCUAUCAAUGCACCAAUACUUCUGUUGUCUAUGAACAGCCUUUAUUUUCUUUUAAUUAUCAUGCAAUGGUUACGAUUGGAGAAGAAAACGCGUCAACAAAUUGCAGUAUUUUGAUGCAAAUGGGGAAUGAAUCGAAACACUGUGAAGAAGAAAAUGUACGAGUUUCUGUUAAUGUUGUUUCUCAGGGUUUUGGAUUUCCAGCAAUGACAUCUCCAUUGUGUCGCUCUGGAAAUAGUCUCACAGACACAACGUAUAGUUCUCAACCUAUUUUUGUUCCAUUUUGUGAGACUUCUCAAUGUGUUGGUUAUACUGCAGAGAAUUAUCGGAAUGACAGAAAAAGGUGCGGCAAUUCGCCACUGGGGGUUUUCACUUCUGUGGAUGGUAACAACACUAAUCAAUUCUGGUACUAUGAGAGUGACUUUUCUUUCGGGAAUCAGAUUCCCAGAUGCCGGUGGAUGAAUGAUGUUGUCAUGGGUCCUGGUAAUACACUGGAAGAGUUAAGUGUUCGUUGUAAUAUGUUUCCUUCUUCUAAUUGGUCCGUAACCCAUCGUUUCCCAAAUGUUAAACCAAUUCUAUAUUAUAUAACCCCUUCUUUUCUUUAUGGUCGUGCCAAUCGAAUAGAGGCACGCCGUACAGAAGAUGGUAGUGUUACUGUUGAUGUGGAAUUUGUUUCACUUUCUCCUGCUAAUGGUACAUGGACACUAAAAGCCUGUUAUGAAUCUACAAAUAUCUGCAGUACCGUAAAUUAUUUUGUGAAUGGUACGAAUGAGUGGAAUCCCAUGCAUAUUCACACUCUAUUACCACGUACAUCUAUUCUAUCUAAAGAAGAAACUCAGAAUAAUAAUCAUAAAACGAUUAUGGUUCAUGUGGAAUGUAUAGAAACGCCUUUACAAAGUCCAUUUCGUUUCUUACUACGUGAUACUCGUGUGAUCAUUGAACCUCUGUUAGCGAUAGGGCCAAAGAAACAUAUUAAUUUAGAUUUAGCACGACAACCAUAUGAAGAAAUCCCAGCACCACCUGGUACAAAUGGUAAAAUGCAACAAUGUGUAGAUGAUUUCACCUUUUCUCUAUCUACUGGUGAAUGUGUACCUUUUACAGAUGAAGAAUGUCAAAAACGAUAUGAUGGACGUCGUAAUCGAUUUGAUAUGAAAACACGUGCUUGUGUGGUAACACUCCCUCAACGUGUAGAGCCCAUACGUGCGGUUCCCAUUCCAUUACGAAAAGCACCUGAGAAAACAUUUGAUCGUGCAGCUCAACGGCGUCGCUUGGAGGAAAUACAGUUACCACCAUGGAUGAAGCCCAUGAAGGAAUUACUACGAGAGGCAGAUGAGGCUCGGCAGUCUGGUAUACCAAUAAAAGAGGUAAAACCAGAAGUACAAACUCGAAAAAAACGUGCACCUCAUAUGGCGGUAUUAAUAGUAAAUAUUUUUCUUAUCCUAGGUACUGUUUUUCUUCUUUUCCUUAUUUGGAAACGUGAGAGUAUUUUAAAUUGGUUGUGUAAAUGUUUACAAAAGUCUUCUUUUGAAAAUGGUAUCAUUAUGGAAGUUGUGCCUGCACGGCUGAGUACAUACUUGAGUAACAGUGGUCCAAAUGCACAAUCGGGAGAAGUUGUGCGUAUGGGAGUUGGAUCUAAUGUACGUUACCGUGCCCAACAACAACAGCAUCAACAACAACAAGAAAUGAUAAGAAUGAUGCAACAACAACAACAACACCAGCAACAACAAUUGUUGGCACAUCAACAACAGCAGCAGCAACAACGAAAUAUUAUGAUGCAUUUACAGCAACAGCAGCAACUGCAAUUCAUGGUACAACAACAACAACAACAGUUACAACCACAAAUAUCUCCGGUAGUUUAUCAUGAUUUCCAUACUGGAAUAGUACCUACACCUACCCCAAUAAUGGUACCUCAUCACGUGAGAGCAAAACAUCCAAAUGAACCGUACUCCACUGAAGAUAGUUGA